ACUCACGAAUUUGGUGCAUUCUUGCUCCGGUAGUUGGCACGAGUGAACACUAUCGGUAAUAUGGCUACAAAUUCUGUGCUUCUCGGAUCGGGACAACGGAUGCCCCUUCUGGGACUUGGGACCUGGCAGGCAAAACCCGAAGAAGUUGAGAAAGCAGUAGAGGUGGCACUGGAAGAAGGGUACCGUCUCAUUGAUACAGCUUUUAAUUACAACAACGAAGAAGCAAUUGGGCGUGCACUGAGAUGCUGGGUGGAUGCAGGGAGAUGCCGUAGAGAGGACUUGUUCAUUACGACCAAGCUUCCCCAUGUUGGAAACCGUGCUUCAGAUGUGGAGAAGUACCUAACCACAUCAUUACGCAGAUUACAGCUUGAUUAUGUGGACCUGUACCUAGUUCAUGUUCCAUUUGGGUUUGUACCUGAUAAAACAAGCGAGAAUCCAGCAAAGAAUGCUGAUGGAUCAUAUAUACUUGAUGAUACAGAUCUUCUAGCUGUGUGGAAGGCAAUGGAGCAACAAGUGGAUUUGGGCCGUACCCGCAACAUUGGUUUAUCUAACUUCAACAUAUCACAACUGGAACAGAUAGCUUCUGUAGCAAGGAUCUGUCCAGCCACACUGCAAGUGGAACUCCAUGCUUAUCUGCAACAACCAGCAUUACGUGCCUGUUGUGCAAAACUGGGGAUUCCUAUUACAGCUUAUUCACCCCUGGGAUCACCCGGUGCAAAGAUCCAUUUCCAGCAAAAAUACAAUUUUCAAUACCAAGAGAAUAAUGAACCAGACCUACUAGAGCAUCCACUGGUGAAACAAAUUGCAGGCUCUCAUGAAAAGUCUCCAGCACAGGUGUUGCUCCGGCACCUCAUACAACAAGGAAUUAUUGUAAUCCCCAAGAGUGCAAACCCCACACGCAUCAAAGAAAAUGGAAAGAUCUUUGACUUCCAGCUUACUCCUGAAGAAAUGAUACAACUAAACAGAUUGGACCGUGGGGAGAAUGGCAGAAUCAUAAACUUUCUCUUCUGGAAAGGGGUGGAAAAGCAUCCAGAAUAUCCAUUUAAGCUAUGAGAAGCAACAUAAAUUUGACAUUACAGGGAAGCAAUUUAUAGUAUUAUAAAUGAUGAACACAAUUUCAGGGAGAGAAUAAAUUGCUAGUCAGGUGUAUCUUAGGAAGUCCUUGCUUCUUCUUAUAUUUCAAAGGAUGGAGCACAAAUUUACAAUGGCCUGCAAUCAAUUACGAGUUGUACUUACAGCAUAUUUCUUCAGUGUGUUCCUUAUUAUAGAUGCAAAGUACUCAAUAUAAUAUGGACAGUGAUGACCUGAAUUUUUAUAUAUUUAUACAAGGUACAUAAGGAUGUCACUGUCAUCAUUUUCUCUUCCAUACACAUUGAAAGAGACUGUCUGUAAAGCAUAUUUUUGGAUUACAUUGAGUUUGUCUACCAUUCGGAAAGUCUGGAUGAGGAAAAUGGUCAUCUGUGAUAAUAUUUAGAGGUCUGUGUUAUCAUAAAAAUAUUAAAAUGUCAGUUUACAAUAAAAAUUCUAUACAAAUUUAUAUCACCUUUAUGUUAAAUAAUUUGGCUAACUGUAGCAAAGAAAAGGAGCGAAUUGUUCAUACAUAACUCUGCUUGGAGAAUUAUUUUUCAAUGGUCAUCGUCUAUAAUUUUAUGUCCAAUUUUUGAGGAAUACUUUAACAAAUUUUAUCAUAUAAUUUACCAACAGACCUAAGAAUAGCUUUAUACUUAUUUAAUGGCUCCAAUAUUUCUCAAAUUAAGUAUUAUAUGUACCAGACAAAUUGUGGAAUGAACAUCAAGCAAAAUGCAUAAACUCUGACAAAAAGAUAACAGCUCCAUCAUUGAAGUUCUAAAUGCUGCUGCAUAGACUGACCAAACUGAGUCUCCAAAUCAAAGGCAUUGUAUAUGAUCUCUUCAGACUUCCAUCGUGAAUGUAAAAUUCACAUACAUUUAUGAAGUGUUUAUCCUAACUGUACAGGGACUACCCAUUACAUAUCAUACAUUGUCCUCACUGUAGCCCCUUCUCUCACAGCAGUCCCUUCCCCCACCUGCUUUCUUUUGCUUUAGACAUAGAAUGAUGACCAAGAGCAUACCAUGAUCCUCAUGCUUGAUCUUCUGGUCAUUUUUCAGAAUUAAAGAAAUCUGAUGACUCCUCACUGUCUUAUCAAGGAGUCACAAUAUGGGUCUGACAGAGAGCCAUGAAAAAUAAUGCUUUAUGUGUUUGCAAAUAAAUGAGUACUAUGAAUCCCAUUAAUUUCCUAGAGUGCCACACAACUUAUGUAUUGUGAUAGUGCUGUGAUAUUUUGAUAAAACUUGAAGCCAACCAUGAAAUAAGAGUGUAUGAACAGAAUGUGACAACAUAUUAUGAUUUUUAUGUUGGUGAUCUGGUACUGAGUGAGUAUUAUCAAUCAGUUGAUAAAUAUAUCUUCCCAAAGUAUGAAUUUUAAGAGACAAAUGACUGCUGAAGUUCCAACUGGUACUAUGAAAAUAUUAUCAACACAAGUAACAUGUUUUGAGAUGUAAUAGUUGACUUUCUCAACUUGUCACCUGUACCGAUAUUUACAGAUCUGUAACCUGAAUUUAAUAAAAAAAGGAUUCCUCAGCUCUA